AUGCUCGUUACAAUGGUGCUUUCAUUGAGAGCCAGCCAAAUCGAGAAGGGCUACCCACGGAGGGUUCUGACCAUCGGAGGGUUCUGACCGGCAAGGGCCGAGUGAAGUGCCGAUGAGUGAAGUACCGUGGAGUGCAGCCAUCGAGGACGCUGGCUUUCGAAGGGGGUGGUAAUGUAACAAGUCCCACAUCGGGGAGGUCUCCUUACCAGGGAGGCCUUAUAAGGCGGGAGGUUCUCCAACCUCUUGGGCCGGCUUUUGAGGGAUGGUUCCCCUCCUUAGCCUUAUGCUCGUUACAGAUAGUAUAAUAUGAUAAUGAGUAAUCUGAAUUGAUAGUUAACAUUUAAGAAACCCUAUGAUAUGAUAAUGAAUCUGUUGAUUUGUGAGCGCAGCGCAGUCAGAGGAUCAACUGAAGCCGCUGUUUGUGUAAUCGAAAUGGAGACGAAUAGGAUCAAGGAUGCUUACUUGAAGAAACUCGUUUCGGAGACAUCUAUAAUUGGCCAUGACAAAUGGAGAAAUCAAGUGUUCGAGUAUUUCAGAUUUGACUGCUCUACCGUUGGUGUUGGUGUACUUGACAGGUUGAAUUGUGUUCCAGCGGGGAUGUGUUCGAGACGAGGACGAGCGCUGCCACCGCUCUGUCUGGGGUUCUGCGGGAGCUGGAGCCUGGAGGAGUGUAUUCCCGACGCAGGUCGCGGUGGGAAUGCGAUUCCUGUUCCCCAACUCUCUAGCCCUGUUCUCUCGCAGGUAACUGCCUUCUUUAACAUGAAACACGACUACACCAAGAGCGUCAACACCGCUAUUGAGAGCCUUACAAGCAACAUUAAUGCCACUAUUGAGCACAUUAAGGCCCUUGGGAAUGAUUAUCACGCGGCUGUCACCAACUUUGUACAAGCUAAUAUAUCUAAUUUCCCCUCCUUGCAACAAGCUGCCGAUUAUCUCGACAUUCCAACUCUCGCUCGCUUCACAUCAAUGGCCUUGGGAUUUGGAUUCGGAGAUAAUAAUAUGAAAGAAAAGUCGGUUCAGGAUAUAUCCAACUGGUACGCAGGAAUCUCCAAACUAGGAAUGCUCUCACCUCUCCUCUCAACCUUCACCAAACAAAUUCACUCCAUAAUUUCUCACCUCGAUUUCUUUGCUUAAUCUAAAUUCCCUAAAAUCCAAAGGUGCAUUAAUGAACUGAGUUUGUGUUUGCGUUUGUGUUUCUGUUUGCGUUUGUGUUUGGGCCUUUUUGUGGUCCCAUGUCAUACUGAAGCUGUUGUCAGGCUUGAUUUGUCAAUGUAUCUUUAGUUAGUCCUUGGGAAUUGAGAUAACUGUAGAAUAACAUUUCUAUGGGAUGUUUAUUCACAUGAUUCCCAAUUAUAUAUGUGUUGUAUAUCCGUAUAGACAGAUGGCCCCUCUUAGUGGGUAAAUAAAGUAGUACUUUUGUUCUCACAUGAA